AUGUCGUAUAUCAGAGAAAUUGAUGUAAUGCCGGCAGUAAAUCUUUGUAAGAGAGUCCUGACCUCAGACCAUGCAAUGGACAAAGGUGACCAGUCCAUAAGGUUGGUGAAUGGACCCAGCAGAUGUGCGGGAAGAGUUGAAGUGUUUCACAAUGAAGAGUGGGGCACAGUGUGUGAUGAUUCCUGGGACAUUCAUGAUGUAAAAAUUGUGUGUAAUCAGUUGGGCUGUGGAACUGCUCUGUCAGCUCCAGCAAAUGCUCAGUAUGGAAGAGGGAAUGGUACUAUCUGGCUGGAUGAUGUAAUGUGUAAAGGAACAGAACCUUCUAUUGAUGCAUGUCCACAUAGCGCUUGGGGAACACAUGAUUGUCACCAUGGUGAAGAUGCCAGUGCUGUCUGCUCAGAACAUUUACCAAAGCCGGUUUUAGACAUUUUAACUGCAAAUCAUUCCAGUGAGCUGCAAUUCAUCUGCACUGUGUCCAGACUGUUUGUAUCAAGCACUGUUUAUUUCAAAGAACUAACAACAAACAGGACUCUAGGAAAUGUGUCUCUUCCAUACUCUGCUAAUGUUGCACAGAUCAAUGCAUCACAAAUCGAGGUUGCAUCUCAGUACACUUGUCAGUAUGAAGUGAAAGCAAAGAAUCUCUCCUUUAUGUCGCCAUCAAGUGCUCCUGUGAGUGGUUAUAUGGAUUUCAGCAGCUUUACAACAGUCUAUUCAACUGGGAAUGACAAAGGUGAGAACAAAACUUUAUUUACACAAAACUCAACUCCGGAAACACAUGGUGAGAACAAAACUUUAUUUACACAAAACUCAACUCCAGAAACACAUGUUGAGACCCUAACUGCAGCAACAGUUGCACCAGAAAAUAGAGACAAUGAAUAUACUAGUGAUGAAGAGAUAAGACAAAGGACCAGUAAUAAGCAAAAUGAUCCCCCAAAAGAAUUAACAGAUAUAACAAAUCUGCCAGAUGAAGAAGGCAACACUGAAACAGAAUCAGAUUCAUAUGAGAGAGUUAUGCCAUCUGAUGAACCUUUGUAUCUUACCAUUGAUGAUUAAGAAACAGACCGUAUGAAUCUCUUAAUCCAGAUCAUAUUAAUCAGGAUAAAUAUGAAACACUCCACU